AGCGUGAACUUCACGUUGUUGAGAGUCAAUUGAAGCGAAGAUUGGGAGCGAAGUAAGGCGCUGUCGGUCCUGAGGCAGAGGGAGCAUCCCGGGGUUGGCAGGGGAGCAGUCCUGGCCUCACUUAACGCCUUUCAUCCUGCCUCCUUCUCUGACUUCAGCCGCUCCUCUAAGUGCUGCGCCUCCAGCCCGGCUGCGAAAACACCUUUUGGAGUCACAUCCCGCCUCCUGGCAAGCCCGAGCGAGAGGAACACCUGACUUCGCUGCAUCUUCAGCUUCUCCUCCUGGGUUCGGUUCCUGCAGAGCAGAUGUCCCGGGGAACCGGCCGCUGAUGCCCGCUGACCGCCUUUGCUGCUUGUUGCUCAUGUAGUGCCGGACAGGGAGAAGGGGACAAGUUGAAGUCUCGCUCCUGAAGGCGGCCAGCUCCAAAUGCAUUGGCUCCUGGGCCGGGAGAAGAAAGAAGAAGAAGCCCGGUUCGGGAUCGGUCUGGGUCUGUCCUCGGAGUCUCUGCCCCAAGCCGCCGCCACCAUGUUCAGCUGUGUGGGCUGCUUCUGGGUGCUCCUGUCCUCCGCCCUGGUGGCCGUCUGCAGCUUCAGCUUCAUCUCCCCCGCCUGGAUUGUUAAGGACCAGCUGAGGGGCGGCCACCAGCAUCAGCACCACGGCGCCAAGGACUCGGUGAGCUUCGGCUUGCUGUGGCACUGCUCCGAGUCUCUGGAUCACAUGUACCGGUGCUACACCUUCGGGGGACUGGGCAAAUUUGCAGAGAUCCCUUCCAGCUCCUGGCAGACCAGCGCGGUGCUGUGUUCAGGAGGCUGCGCUCUGCUGGCGGUCAGCUCCCUGCUGGCCAUCAUCACCAUCUUCCUGCCCGGUGGAGGCUGCGAGAGGAGGAUCUGCACCUUGGCCGGAUACAUGCAGAUGGCGUCGGUGUUCAUCAUGGCUACCGGUCUACUGGUGUACCCCUUCGGCCUUAACUCCUCCCUGGUCCGAUCUUUCUGCGGAGACGCCGACAUCUACUACGCCGGCGAGUGCCAGAUCGGCUGGGGCUACAUGCUGGCCAUUGUUGGAGUCAUGCUCACCGUUUUCCUGCCCUUCUUUGCCAAAUAUGCCCCGAAGGAGCAGCUGUCCCCCACCCCUUUGCCCACCCUCUUAUAGUUCUGUCUCGUUUUUUCCUCUUGACCACUUCGUACGGCCGGGACCUGAUGUCCUGCAGAGACGGCUGCAAAGCUCCAGAGGAAGCCCCGCUCAGCGAUAACCCCGGCUGAAAAUACAGAAAAACAAACGCUGUCUUCCUGCAUCUGUAAUGUUAGUAACUCAAAUUUAAGUCAUUUAGAAUGUUUUUUUUUGUUUGUUUUUUUAAAAAUGUUCAGUUAACAAAACCUGCAAACUUAAACGGUGAACUUGGUUUCAUGUUUUGUUUUUUUUCGUGGCACCGCCUGUGACGAUCUGAAAGGGAGCAUGAUGCUAUGUGGCUCUGUGGCUUCGGCCACGCUAAUGUUUCACUGCAAGUUUUUUUGUUUUUAAACCAAGAAAGCUUGAUAACGAGGCAAUAAAGACAGUGUACGGAUUUAAGGAAAUGUUGAGGAUACAGACGGACGUAUCGGAACCUUAAACGAGUUGUCUCUAAAAUCCAUUGGUCAGUGUGGUCAGGAAUAAAACACAAGGGAACUCUGAAGUGCUAAACCACGCUUUGGAAUAAGAACUUUGAUCCUCUGAAGGGUAUUUUCCAUCAGACCUUUUGUUUCUCGCCCCUCCUGUCUUGUGACCUGAAAGUGAACCAAGUGGGGGUCGGCACGACGUUCGGCUUUCAAAGACCGACUUCUGUCUUUGAUGCGAGAAGAGGACCAGAGACGCGGCGGCAAAGCUGCUGAAAGGAUCGUUUCUAAAUCAGCCUCCUCAUCAAGGAGGAGGUAAAUCGUAACAGAUGGUUGUUUCAGAGCAGCGUUGCGAUAAAAGAGAAACAGACAGCAAAAAAAAAUAAAAAUAAAAAAAAAA